AGUGAGUGAGGUGUCAUAUGUCCCAUGGAGCAUUGAAUGCAGCAGCCGACUUCUCCCGAAGAAAAGUAGGACUUUCAAGUGGGAUUUCAAUCACCGAGAUGAAGAUAAAAAUAUUUUUGCUUUAACAGUGUAGUCAGCUUCAUGUGUGUGGUUACUAUGCAGAAGAGAAGGCUCUAGAGAAGUUGUCUCAGUUCUGACCACAGGUUGGUGGAGCUCGGUGGGUCUGAAGGUGGUAAUCACUGGUUUGUUUUUGGCACCAAAACUCACCAAAAACAGACAAUGUCGCGGUCUGAACGGAAGGAAAACGCGGAGCAGUCGACGUUACGCUCGGAACACGAACAAAACGGCGUCUUAGUUAACCCGAGAGCGAUCUGUAACCUGUGUAAACGCUUGUACCGGGAGCCUAAAAUCCUCCCCUGUCUGCACACCUUCUGUUCUGACUGUAUCGCCCAGCUCGAGCCGUUUUCGGUGUCCUCGCGCUGCCCAGCGGUGGAGGCGGGGGACCGACCCGCCGUCACCGUUACAGUGCUCUGUCCCGACUGUGACUCCGAGGUGGACAUUCCUCCGUCGGGACCGGCCGGGCUGAGCACCGACCACCUGGCGCUCGACGAAGUAUUCCUGGAGACCCUGGUCACGAACGGCCCGCUGGGAUGCGACCUGUGCGGCGAAGGAAACGCUGAGAGCCGCUGCGAGGUCUGCAGCGUCAACCUGUGCGAGUUCUGCUGCCAGGCACACAGGCGGCAGAAGAGGACAGCAUCUCACUCUAUUCAGGGCUUGGAUGAGCUGAAGUCUCGUGGUCGUCUCUGCCGCCCCGUCCUCUGCUCCUUCCAUCCGGGCCAGGAGCUCCGGCUCUUCUGUCAGCCGUGCGACCUGCCCGUCUGCCUGGAAUGUGCCGCUACGCUGCACCGUGACCACCGCUGCUGCCCCGCACAUGAUGUCAUUGAUCGCCAUGGAGACCGCAUCCGAGAGCUGGUCACCGCACGCUUGCGACCUCGCCUGGAGCGUCUGGAGGAGUCACUGCAGAAGGUGGAAGUAUCCCAGGAGGCUUUGCAGGCACGAGUUGAGGCAACAGCCAACGAGGUGAGGGCGUUUGCGCGAGGCUAUGCCAGCGCUGUGGAGGCCCACUGCCUGUCUCUGCUGCGUCACCUGGAGGAGCUCCGUGUCCAGCGCAGGAACCAGCUCCACCUUCAGAGAGCUCAGCUGCAGCAGGCUCUGCUGGAUGUCCGAGGCGGCGUGGAGUUUGCAGAGAGACUGCUGAGCUGUGGGUCUGAUGCUGAGAUCCUCAGCGCCAAAGGAGUGACCCUGAGAAGACUGACCAGUCUGGCAGAGGGUAGCUACGACCCCCAUCCGGCCACCGUCGCCCCAGACGACGGCAGCGGUAUCUGCUUCAUGUCCAGGGAGCCAGCAGGAGAGGUGGAGGGCUAUCCAGUGGUUGGAGUGAUCAACUCAAACACAGUGGAUGUCAGCAAGUGCACUAUUGAAGGGGAAGGUCUACAGCGGGGCAGGGAGGGCCAGCAGGGUCACUUCACGCUGGUGUGCAGAGACUCAGCUGGAGAGCAGGUCGCACGAGGUGGAGAUCAAGUCCUGGUCAGUGUCAUACACAAGGAGAAGAAAAACUGCACAGUGGAGACUACAGUGGUUGACAACAAUGACGGGUCCUAUGGUGUUUCAUACACACCCAUUGAGCCAGGAACCUACUCAGUGUGGGUUUGUGUCAAAGCCCAACAUGUCAAGGGGUCUCCAUUUAUUCUGAAUGUGAAGAGGAAGUUCAGGCACCACAGCGGGACGUUUCACUGCUGUUCCUUCUGCUCCAGUGGAGGAGCCAAAGAGGCUCGCUGUGGCUGCCCAGGAACCAUGCCAGGAGGAUUUAAAGGCUGCGGUCACAAUCAUAAGGGACACCCCGGGAAGCCCCACUGGUCUUGUUGUGGCAGCACUGUGGAGCAGUCCGAGUGUUUGCCUCAGAGUGUAUUGGCUGCGGUUUCCCCACGUGGCCACCUGCGAACUGUGGAGCUCUGAGGUUACGCAGAGAUGAGGCCUGGCAAGAUGAUGAUGCAAGUUAAUCGAGGAUGGCAGCAACCAAAAGGUUAGAGCAGUGGGGAAGUGGGGUAAAGGUUCCCAGUGUGAAUCUUGAGCAUAUUUGAAAAGGUCAGACAAGGAAAGUAAAGCUCCAAAGACAUAGUGAGUGAGGCAGGACAUCAAAGUGGCUGUGUCUUGAAAGUGCUCUUCUCUGCUAGACAUUCUGAUAACUGUUGGCCCAGUUGUGAUAGCAAUAGCCAGAUUAAGAUAUAAGACAAACACCAAAUGUUGUAAAGUGCCUUUUUUGUCUAAGGUCUGCCUGCCUGUGACAAGAUAGAGGAGAAAGAAUAUGAAAUGCUUCAAUCACAGCAGAAUGUGUCUCCUUCUAAAUCAAAUGUUAAAAGCCUUGCUGAAGGGCACUGAGAAGAGAUAGUUUUGCUUUUUCAUUGUUACACUUUUCUUUCACCAGUCUCCAGGCUCAAGCCGAUUUUUUUUUUUUUACCUUGAAGCUGCUGUCAAUUUCAAAGGUGCUGAAAUCAAUGUUCUAGAUGGAAACAUUGACAAUCAGACUGUUGAAUUUAAAUACUUUUAGUUGUUUUUUUAUAUCUUUCAAUUAAGGAAAUUAUAUUUUAAAAUAUAGUUCCUCAAAAACAGGCGCACUGCCGAAAGAUGUGAACAAACAAACUUUUAUUGAUCCACACUGAUAUUUGUUCUUUGAAGUUUACAGAGAAAGGGCUUUGAGCCUGACAACCCAUUAAGUCUGUAGUUAGCAUGAUUAGCAUGAUUAUUUUUAUUUUGGAUGGUUACUACAGUUAUUUAGUUAGUAUCCAUUACAUAAUUCUGAAGUAAUUACUGUCUGCUGAUUAUUCUAACAGCUAAAUCAGCAGGCAGAUAUUAUCAGCCAAUAUUUAGCCAAUUGUAGAUAAAUUCUGAGUAAGUUCACUUAUUAUGUUACCUUAUGAUGUUUAUGAGAAGGGGUGGGUGAUAUGUUAUAAUAUAACAUCAAUAAUCAUAAUCAAUAAUCAUAAUAAUCAAUAAUAUAUAAUGGUAAUAUAUUAUAUCACUCGCCCGCCCAUCCUGACCACUCUUCUGGUCAGUGUUAGAUGUAUUGUCUCACUUAUACACGAUGUUAAACAACAGUUACCUGCAAAAUGUGCAGGCAAACCACUGCCACAAAAAGUAGCGGUACCACAAACUUGUUUCACCAUUUGAAAUGCCACCCAAUACAUACAUUUUUGUCAAAUUUAAUUUGGUUGUGAUUUCCCGCUUUUUAUAUGCAAUUGAACCAUUAAUGGCUAUAAACAUGAAUAUUUUGAUGCGUUCAUAUGUGGCAGGGACUCCCAGCAUUUAUUAAGUGCUAUAGAUGAGAUUGAGAUAUAUAUAUAAUUUCUCGCUACAUUAUUUAUGAGCCACGUUGCCCAGCUGUGCUUACUAGAGUUUAUUUCUUUGUACUCAUACUUAAUUUUUAUGUGUACAAACUGAAUAAAUUAUGGGUUUACUGGCAUUUUCCCAAUAAAUAUCAAAUAAUAACUGUAGUAUUAUUACUCCAUUAUUUCUAAAUCCUCACUUCAGGUAAUUACUUUGUUGUAACAAUCGUCACUGCAUAUUCACAAGUAAAAAACUUAUAGAAUUCAUUAACCACAGGUACUUACUUUUUUCUGUGUAUGUAAAAAUUACCAAAUAAAUAACUAUCCACCAAAAAUUGUCAAAAAAAUUAUAUGAAGAAAUUGAUAUAAUUUACUGUGCCUAAUAUAAUACAUUAUAAUACAUUAAUACAUUGUAUUGACUACAGGUAUAUAUAUAACAAUCAAUGAAUGACAAUAAAUACCUAUUAGAGAGAGUUGAUGCCUGUACUGCAGUGCCAUAUACUGUUAACAAAAGUCAGGGUAAAUUAAUUUCCUUGUUGCCCUCUGUGAAUGCUACUAUUCCCAUAGUCAUAUUUGAGAUAUGAAGGUGCAUAUAAACAGCUCAUCAAGAAUAUGGCCUGAAUCAAAUCAAAGCACUGAGCUGGAACGCACUGUGCCUACCAUUUCACCCAGGAUUUAUUCUACACUGCUCGGAAUGUGAAACAUAUUCUUGUUUGUUUUUUUUUUUUCCCUGAACCACAACAUCUUGCUUAUGCUGUGUGUGUAAAGAUUUGUUAGUAAAACAACGAGGGAAAAAAGUUCAGUUAAAAUCUGCACACAGUAGGCUUUCCUUUCAGUUUCAUCAGCCCAACUCCACUGUGCCUUCUGAUGAGGAGGGCUUUAUCUGGAAAACACUGUGACCUAGAAGGUGCAGUGAGCUUCCUUUUAGAAUACAAAGUUGUUCCUCUCUGGGGGCUGUGUCACAGCACUGACUUAUAACCACAAACCUGAAACUCAUUAUGAGUCACUAUAUGCCUUUGUGUUUUUCUGUAUUCAGAAUAUGCCUUAGCUUGAAUGUGAGCGCAAAGAAUUUUGUUUUUGGUUGUUUUUUUUUUUUUUUCGUUACUUAAGAUCUUCUCAUUGUAAAGAUGAAUAGUAAACUAGACCUGUACAAAUCAUCAACAUGAAGACUAACCUCUUUCAUUUGCGGUCCAAGAUCUUCACAAUGACAGGGAACCUCUCUAACAAUGUAAGUAUGUUGUUGCUGCUGCUGUUCACUUUUCGAAACAUUUCCAUUUCGCACUGACUGUUCUGUACAUUCAUCUGUAUGUUGAGGUCUUGAACCUUUUUCGGUUUUAAAUGGUUUUACCAUUUUCUGCUGGAAACUUAUACCUGUACAUUGAAAUAAACACAUGAAUUUGU